AUGGGCCUUGGAAAAACCCGCCAGGCCAUCGCCUACAUCCUGGGAGUGCGUGAGGGCUUGAAGCGCCGGGAAGCCAGCGAAGGCAAGCAGCGUGCUGACCCUGGAUCGGUCCCAGAGCUGGCUGGACCAGCUCGCUUUGAGCGUGCUUUGGUACUGGCACCAGCCAUGCUGAUCCGUGGUGAUGACAGCGUUUGGCAAAGAGAGCUCCGGGAGGUAAGCGCGCAGUGGCAAGAGCCGCUUCGGGUUUGGCAGUGGCACGGUGAACGCGCCUGUGACCUUCGAUACGAGGUAAACACAGCUGCUUGGAAAGGCCCCAUUCUCGAGCUCUAUGACGUGGUGGUCACAAGCUAUGAAAGCUUCUUGCAAAACCAGGAGAUGUUCAUCAAAGAAAGCUGGACAUGUAUCGUUCUGGACGAGGCACAGUCGAUCAAGAACCACGCCACGCAAACAUCCAUCGCGGUCAAGUGUCUGUCCAGUGCUCCGUUCAGGCUUGCCCUGACGGGGACGCCCAUUGAGAACUCUUUGGACGACGUGCACUCCAUUCUGCAGUUUGUUGAGCCCGACUGUGCUGGCAGCUUGCAGGACUUUCGACAACGCUUUCCAGACACGGAGGAAGGCCGAGCCGGCCUUCGGAGGCUGCUGCAGCUGAUUACCCUGCGCCGAGAUAGCGGCGAGGCUGUACAGCUGGUCCCAAAAGAAGAGGUCGAGGUUCCUGUGCAGAUGACUGAGGCUCAAGCUGCCAUCUACAAGGUUCUUCAGGAGCAGGCCUCACGGCAAGAGGUCUCCCCACAUCGGUGCCUGCGUGAGAUGGAGCUGCUUUGCACUCAUCCCUGGUGCUAUGCGAAGCCGGUUCGGGCAAAGGACAUGACAGAUGAGACACUGGCUCGGCGCGACAACGUCAGCAGAAAAGUGAAAGUGCCGGAACGUUUUCGUGGCGAGGCGCAGGACCAGGACAUCAAUGACAGUGGCAAGCUGGUAGAGCUGUUCAACCUCCUGCGGGGCAUCAUCGCUCGGAGAGACAAAGUGCUGGUGUUCUUCUGUCGUACGGCCACAAGCGAGCUUCUGGCGGCACUCAUGCAGAGGGAGUUUGGGGUGCGGCCCGGGAUACUACGCGGGGACACGCCCCACGCCGAGCGCGAGCGGAUCAUGCGUGAGUUCAAGGCCACUCCGCUUCCUGGAGAACCACAAUCCCAGGUGCUGCUGCUUUCUGUGUGGGUGGGGGCCGUGGGCCUGAACCUGCCAGAAGCGCGCUGGGUGGUGCACGUUGAGCGUGUCUGGAAUCCCGCACUGGAGCGCCAGGCCACCAGCCGAGCACAUCGGUUGACCUCGCGUCAUCCUGUCAAGGCAUACUGCCUCUUCACACAGGCCUCACUGGAGGAGCGCAAAACCGCGGUGCUGUCCUUCAAGUGUCAGCUUUCCACGAAGGUCAUGGAAGCCCUGGAUUUAGAGUCCGACGAGCUGUGCGAUGAAGGCCAAGGUGAGGAGCUUCGCCAGGCGCACGGAGAGGAACUGCGGGCGCUGAUCUGUGCCGGUUCUUCCACCGACGCAUCAACCUGGCUGAACAGCGCAGAGGACCAGGCGGCCAUGGCCGAGGCAGAUCCGGAGGAAAGCAAGGAGCCAUCGAGCGACGAAGAGGAGGAGGAGUCAGGACGGCCCAGAGGCAGUCGCUGCCCGCUGCAUCCCACGGUUGACAGGCUGCGGCCAAAGUACUUCAAGAAUCUCAGAGUGGGAAAGUAUGGCGAUCCAGAGAAUCCGGAGUUGUGGGACUGGUACACAGUGAAAGGGCACCGCGAGGUCCAUGAGCGAGCCCCUUCUUUCAGCACUGCGCACUUGAAGGAGCAGAAGCCGGGCACACAUCAUCCAGAACGCUGGCACCGUUCGGCCAUACCCUUCACGAGUCGACCAAGCCGCAUCCGAGACGUCCGCGACCGCGGGGAUCGGACAGUCACCCUGGUCCUGGCAGAUGGCGUGAGCUGUCGGCUCUUCAUCCCGAGCGAGCAUCAGCAUCUCUUCUCCGAGGACGAGAGAGGCAUCUUUGCCCGGCCGGCCGAGAGGGGCGAAGCAUCUUUCCCAGUGCUCUCACCAUCUUUCGGGCGCUCUGCUCUUGAUGAGGAAGUUGGCUUGCUCGACAUCGCUCCGGGCAUGGUGUCGGAGGAUGGCUCGCCCUUGAAAUUCCUCCAGAUUGUUGCGGUGAAGCCCUCUGAGGUGGAGAAGUAUCGAAUGAGCGCUCCCUUCUUUGUUGUCAUGGAGCUGCCCACGAUGCCUACGGUCACCCACCCAUGCUAUGGCAGACUGAAGCCCGAGGACCUGGGCGUUGGCUGCGCGAGGCAUUGGCUGGUCAGGCUGGCAGCGGCGUUGCGGAUGCCCUACGCCUUCUUCCUCGAUGAUACAGUUCGGGGCUGGCGCGGCGUGACUUUGGUCAAUGAUGAGCACUGCCUGUUUGGAGCUCCAGCCUCGACGAAGGCACAGUUCACCCCAGUUCCGUUGGCGAGAGUCAUGUCAUACAUUGCAGAGCCGAAGUUUUUCGCAGAGGAAAUGCCCGGCAUCGCGGCCUUCGGAUUUUGCAGGUUGGCGCCAGAGCUUCUCUUUGCUCGCAAUCCCCACAGCCGUGCGCAGGUUUACUCCGGAUUCCUUCUGAACAUACUGAAAAUAGAGAAAGAGGGGCUGAAUUUCAAGCAGGAAGUCUUCGUGUGGGAGGACAUAGUCUUCAACUUGGAAGCCCAUGACGUCGUAAGAAGCAACCGCUUCGCCAUGCUCAAGAUCCCCUUCAACAGCGGAGGCUGCUCAGAGCAGGUGGCCCGUACAGCCAAACCCUUUGUUCGGGCAGCUUACGUGAAGAAGAUGACGGGGGAGGAGCUUGUGGCAGAGACCCUGGGCCAGGCGGCCGUUGGCAAGGCUGAACCCGCAGGAGGACGUGGCAAGCGUGGCAGGGGCAAGGUGAAGGGGCCGCCGGAGGUUCAGCCCGAAGAGGAGAGGCCAGUGCCCUCGGAUCCCUUCCUCCUCGAGGAGGAUCCGGCAUUGAAGCCGGAAGGUGCUGUCGUAGAUGACAGUGGAUUGCUGGUGAACAAGUACUACAAGCGCUUCAUUCAGGCCUUCAAGGAUGCCGAGAAGGCCAGAGCAGACGUCGCAGCGCCAGUGGGAAUCAUACGACCCGGAGUCCGGCGGGGUGAGCAGAUUCCCGCUGGCAUCAUGUUUUGGGACGACUCCUUGAGAAGCAAGAAAGGCGUGACGAGCUCGGAAGAGCAAUGGGGUGCUGGUUACAUCGCAAAGCCUUACGGCCCGGUGAAGAAGAGCAAAUGGUUCAACGUGAAGACCUGGGGUUGUUGGAGGAUGGCCUUCGUCUUGGCAAGGCUGCAGUUCGAGGUCUGGCAGCAGAAGCACCCGGACGUGUUUCCCAGCAAGAUGAGAUCGGAUGCUCAACAGGGCAGCAAGAAGAAACUUCAGGCGAAGUCGUCGGCGCGUCCAGGAGUCAAAAAGGACGCGAAGGGCUCCAAGAAAGGGAAGGAGAAUGUGGACCCAUCGACGCUCCACAAGUUCUUUGCAAACACGAAGGACAAGGAACAAGCUCCUGAAAAGAAGGUGAAGGUGAAGGUUGAAAGAAACCCGAAGCAGAAGAAGCUGUUCUCUUGGAUGGGUGCCGGUCAGAGUCAGACUCCUCCCGCGAAGCGGCAGCGAGGUGACGAAGCAGAGAGGCAUCCCACCACACCAUGA